AUGAGCCGGUACAUCCUGUCACCCGUUGUUUUUCAGACCAGCGCCGACGUGGAUCUUUAUGUGAUCCAGACUUUUGGCAAGCUCGCCUCGCCCGAACGCAUUCGACAAUCGUGGCUCUCAGUUGCGACCUUGUAUUUAAACAUCGGAGAUUUGGCUCAAUCCGAAAAAUUUCUUUUGGAAUUGUUAAGAGUACAACCUCAUCAUAAAGAGGCCAAUGAUCUUCUUGGUACCGUAUACAGAAGGCAAGGCCGACUGGAGUUAGCCUUGGAAUUUUACGAGAGGCAAGAGAAAGCAGCUCUUUGCGAUAAGAAUGCUCCGCAAAUUCACGCCCUUGACGCCGCCGAAAUUUGCAUCCAAUUGGCAAGAAAGCAGAGCAAUGAAACUGAAAUAAAAAAACUUGUAGAUAAAUCUUUAUUUUGGAUUGAAAGGACGCGCCUUGCGAAUAAAAAAUAUGUCCCUCAAGCGGUGCAAUUAUUACAUAAAGCCUGCGACAUUCUCAUUCGACAUGCUGAGAGACAAUCCGAUAAACGAGGUUGCCUGAAACGUCGUAAAGGAAAUGCACCAGCGGUCGUCAAUUCUCAGUGGAUUAAUGAUUCGAUGAAAGAGCUGUUGACGGUGGAGGAAACCUUUAUCGAUCCCGGUUUACACGUGAUUCUUACGAAAGCCGUUCUAAAACUCAAAGAUUAUCAGCGCGCAUGGAAGCAUGUGGUUCAGCGUCGUUACAAUUUCGUCGAUAAUCUCGAGUGGAAUAUGUUUGUCAAAAAUACGUUUCAGAAACGUGCCGUUACUGAUAAUUCCAAAGAGACAUCACACGAGACCACAGAGAUGAUCUUCUUUGCUUAUGAUAACGUGGUCAGAUUGUCUUUGAAGUUUAAGUCAUGUGAUGAAUCCGGAAAACUUGUGAAGCAAUUUUCUGACCUUGUUAAUGCCUGGGAUCUAUCGUCACAAAAUGUUCAUCAGCUGGAAAAAUGGACUCGCUAUCAACAGGAAUACCGAUCUCGAAGUUUACGCCAUGAUGGUUAUUUCCAGUUGAAGAUAGCCUCUUCGGAUCUAAGUUAUUUCCGGUCCCACAAACGUCUUAUCAAAGACUUGUACCAAGGUGUUGGUGAGAAUAAUUUGAAGGAGGCGGGUGUCCUCAAAUGGUUGACCAGAACCCUGCACCACAUUGAUAAGAUAAUUUCUAUUGCUCCUUACGAUUUGGAUCGAUUUUUGACGGUUUCCGCAUGGCAUUUGGAAAAUGGUGUUCUUCGGGAUUGGUUGAGAGACAUUUUUCCGAGACUACUGGAUUUCCCAAAGGUCCCCAAACCGGAAUUACCUAUCGACAAGUCGCAGUCGUCGUCUUCCUUUCGAGACAUUACUUCGUUAUUUGUCAACGUUUCGUCUGGUGAUCAGUUGGGAGCCGGAUUUGCGCAGUUCCUGUCGAGACAAGAUGUGAAAAUAACAAAUCACUCCGCCGUAGAACCUCCGACACUGGUGGAUGUUGAGUUUUUCCUUUUAAUGCUCCUCGUGCAAAGACAUUAUCAUUGCGUCGUCGAAGGAGGAGCGGAAACGAUAGGUCAGAUUUUGUAUUUGGAAGCGAAAGGUCAUUGGAAACCGAGUGAAAGUCAGAGGAGGUUUUGGUGGACGCUGUUGAAUCUAUAUGGAAAG